UUUGUGGUUAGGCUACUAAUUUAUUUGCAUUUUCCUCUGCUAUUCAUUCACCAAAUUUUCCACAUCGAUUCUUUCGCAUUUUCACACGUUUCCCUUCGAGAAAAUGUUUCUAUCUGGUUCUUCUUCCACACUUUGCCUGUACAAUGCCAAGACUUCUCCUGAAAAUGGGAGCAAAUACUGCCCUUCUCCACAAACCCAGCUUCAAGCUCUCUCCCUCUCAUCCUUCUAACCUCCAUAGCUUCAAACCCACUUUGCAUUUCCGGGUUCCAGCUUCAACAUCUGUUUUCUUUGGUGAGUUUGGUUUCAAGAAAAUCGUGUCGAAGACCUCCAUUACUGAGCUGGUUAAAACUUCUGAGUUUAGGACUGGUGAUGAUGAGAAAAAUGUCAGAAUGUUUCAACAAGAAGCUUUAGUGAAGGACUCCUCUGAGUUUCCUUCUGAACUCAUGGCUGAACGAUUGGAACGUACUCUCAAUCGUCUGAGCAAGUGGUUUGUAUCUGUCUUGUUUGCUGCUGUCAUUCUUUGGAGGCAUGAUGGUGAGUCCAUGUGGAUUGGUAUGGGGUCUGUAUUAAAUUUUCUACUUUCAGCAACGCUCAAACGGAUAUUCAACCAAGAAAGACCUUUUCCAACGGCAAAUUCUGAUCCUGGGAUGCCAUCUUCACAUGCACAAUCCAUCUUUUACAUUGUUGUGUUUUGCAUUCUUUCAAUUACAGAAUGUUUUGGAGUAAAUGAAUUUACAUUGAUCACAAGUGCGCUCACCUUGGCAUGUGGCUCAUAUUUUUCAUGGCUACGGGUAUCACAACAAUAUCAUACAAUACGCCAAGUGGUGGUUGGUGCUGCCGUUGGGUCCCUAUUCUCAUUUUUAUGGCAUUGGUCAUGGCAUUCGAUUGUGCUGGCAGCAUUUGUGUCCUCCUUGUCGGUUCGAAUAAUCAUAAUUUCGGCAGCUUGUAUGUUCUGCCUAGGCUUUAUUUUAUACGUGUUCAGGCAUUGGCUUAAAGAUGAGGAACGAAAUCAUUUUCAAAAGAAAAACCUAAAUACAACCUGACUGAAUUCCGUUUUGGAGUUA